AUGUGCGACUUCGAGGAAUUCCUCUUCACCUGCAGCCACUCCAUCGUCCGGCUGAAGUCCUACUGCCACUUCGCCCGCAACGACCCGAACCACCAAUGCUUCAGCGUCCAGGUUCUCCGCAACUCAUGGCAGCAGAGCACCCCGUGCGAUAACUGUCUCUCGGCGUGGCAGUCCCCGCAAGGGCACCAGCAUGUCGCCGCCGGUUUCGGGAGGCAAGAGUACGUCGGCGGUGGCCAGCGCCGUCGCGGUUGA